CUCACUGUCUGUUACCGCUUUCCUUGCGUCGAGUGGCGCCCACGACGACAGCUCAUGAUGCAGGCCGCCAUAUCUACGAAGCGAUCGCAAGCACCUCCUGCCGGUCCCGCCCCUGCUGCGCCUUCCACGGGCGACAGCGCACUUCGUGCACCCAGAAGGGACAGUCACGCCCUCCGGUCGAUCCUGACGGACGCUGGUGACAAAAGGAAGGGCGACGCCACCAAGACGACCACGUUCAGUCCUUCCGCCGAAGCGACCCAGAUAGCCCAAGAAGAAGAACCGGAGGUCAAGAGGAAAGCAUCCGCGCCUUCCAAGGGAAUCGUCGCCACGCUCCUCAGUCCGGUGCAAGCUAUUGCCAACCGCUUCAAGAGUGGAAGGGUAGACUCCCUCGAAGUCAUGCGCAAGCGCCGGAGUCAGAAAGACGAGGAGUCUCACCCAUUCCCGGUCCAGCUGUGUCUGGCGGUGUGCUUAACGGCCGCCCUAAUCAGUGCACUGACCAUCUACGUGCUCAUCGACUUAUCGUUUUCCAGAGCUAGUACCAAGUGGACAGCAGAUACCGAGCCUACAGAAAAUGCCACUGGCGGCGGCGAUGAACGACUUCAGAGAAAAGGACGCGCACCAUUUGGACGCGAUGUACAAGCGUGCACGUGACACCGACGAAGCCAGCAGCGAGCCGCCGCCGGGUGAACCACCGGCAGACGAUGACGACGACUUCGCCGAUGCGCUCGAAGCAGGGACGACAUUUAGGCCCCGAUUGCAUGGAGCGUGAUGUCCCUGUAACGUUCUCCUCAUUGUACCGUUACGCAACGCGUUUUCUUGUUCUCACCGCAUGUAAAAGCAUAUCGAUACGCACAUUAUCCUACGCACUUGAUCAUAUCCAAGAAUCGAUCACUUAGCGUAAAGAAAAUAUUUCCAUGUGAAUACUGCAGCCCUUCAAGGCUGUCGCAGUGGAGGGGCACAGGAAUAAACACGGUGAAAGACACUUAAAGACACGCGCCUUAUAUACCAACUGCAAGGUGGAAAAGAA